AUGAAGUAUUUACUGUCAUUGAUAGGCUUGAUAUUGGUCCAAUUGUCAUUGGUAUUGGCAGCAUCCAAUAGACGGUUCAUAUUAAACUACGAGUCCAAUGGUGCAUGCGUGGCUAUUAAUAAUGUAACUCUGGAAACUCAAUUAACAUUUGAUUUUCAUAAUGUUUGUCAAGCUACUAUUCCAUUAAUUGUUUUCCAAUAUUUGGAUUUUUUGAAAUUUAAAAACCUUCCUAAUUUUGAUGAUUUUGCUAAUUAUACUUAUUUAAAAAAUAAAAAAUUCAUUAAAACCGAUCAGAAAUCCAAACUGGUUAAAUUUGAUUUACAACUAGUCAAUGGUGUUAAAACUUUCCCGGAAACUUUUUUUAAUAAAACAAUCACCCAAGACCAAAUAGUUAAAUACAAUGUUUCUGAACCAGGGGUAUAUUGUAUUUAUCUUCCAAUGUAUUCAUUCGAUAAAAAACGUACUCAUUUUACACCUUAUUACACGUUUGUUACUGUGGAAAAUGAAGGUAUGAAGGAAAAUGUUUUAACUGAAGUAUCAACUCAAAUCAAUUCAUUUAUUAUAGUUGCAUCAGUAAUUUUUAUUUUGAUUUAUGUAUAUCCUAUUUUACGUACGGGGAGACGUAUAUCGAAAUUAUCAUCGGUUUCAAAUCAAUUAUUCCAAUUUUUACUCACUAAUAAUGUGUAUUAUUGUGGAUAUUUAAUCUUAUGGGCAAUUUAUUUUGUAUUUCCUACAGAUGCCAUGUAUUAUUUUAUUGUCAAUUAUUAUGGUAGUUUCCUACAAGUUGUAUUAAAGUAUUGGUUAAGUUAUAUCACAUUAUCAGUUUAUUUUGGAUCAGGAUAUGCUAAUUUACCAAUUAAUCCACCUCAAUUUUUGUUGAAAUUAUACGUUGGUAUAAAUAUUUUAGCCACUUUUAUUUCAUUUCAAUUAUUGAAAGAUGCUUUAGGUGUCGAAGAAAUCAUUGUGAAUUCAGAAAGUUAUCAAAUCAUUGAUAAAUCGAUUUUAGUCAAUAAAGAAUAUAAAACAAUGGUUACUACUUACAUUUUGUAUUGGGAAAAAAUUGUCGUUACGGUUUUAGCAUAUACAAAAUUGACUAUUAGUGCUUUAGUUCAUUUGGCUAGUUUUGGAUAUGGAUUGAAACUUUAUUGGAAUUUGAAAAAGAGUAACAACAAUAGAGUUACCAGACCAUUAUUACAAUCAAUCGUGUUACAUUUGGUUUCUUGGCGUAUAUUUGGUAGGAUUAUCAUUGCUAAUUUCUAUAGUGAUAUAAAUUUGACGGGAGUGUUUGACGUUGGAGAAAUGUUAAGUGUAAUAGGUAAUUUGAUUGAAUUGCAGGAUUUGAAAUUUACGGCAUUACGUUUAGUUGAAGUCUUAUUGCUUUGGUUUAUCUGGAGUUUCAAUAAACCACUUGAUUUCAAAAAGACUAAAAGAGAUGACAAGAAAAAAGAAAAGAAAAGAAAAGAAAGCAAGAACUAUUGA